AAUCUUAAGUACAAGAUUCAUAACAUGUACUUCAAUAAAUAACACAUCAAAAAUGUUCCGCAAUUUUUGAUGUAAAAGAUCAAUAAAACGUUAUCUGUUGGUAUCAAUUCAUAAAUAAAGUAAAUAAUACAUCAAAAACGUUCCGCAGUCUUUGCUGUGGUAUGUAAAUCAGUAAUCAAUGAGCGGUCUAGAAUAAAUUUUCGUUUACUCAAUACGAGAAUGUCAGUAUGACAUUUUAGUCAUUUUAUAAAAACAACUAAACAUAUUCAAAUAUGAUCAAUUCUGAUCUAUCAAAAUGGAUCUUUGCAGGAAUUAUUAUUUACAUUAUUGCGAUAAUAUUAGUAAUUUGCAUAAGAAUGUUCGUAAUAACGAAGGUAAUAUGCCCCUAUAGUUCUUGCGGAAUUCAUUGUUAUAACUGUCGUUUAGAAAAUUGUGAAAAGUACUGCAGAAUGGUAAGAUUUCACAGUUUGUUCUGCUGUAAGAGAAGACACAUAGUCAACGACAAAAGCUGGUUUAAUUGUAGACGAUUGCCCAAAUGCACCUGUAAAUGUUUUUUACCCCGAUGUUACUGUCUUUGCUGCGAGUUCAUCUUCGAAAAUGAAGAAGACUUGGCAAAAGACCCAGUAGUAAUCGGAGACCCUUAAUUAUAGAAAUAAUAAUAAACCCACGCCCC